GUUGGUCGGUCUUUCUCAAAUUCUAUGCCACCACCACUUCCAACCCCAUUCCUUCCCUUGUUUGUUGAACUAAACUGUACAACUUCAACCGAAAACACAGAGCGAUUUCAUGUAGAGUUCUAGAGAGAGAGUAUCAUACAGAGAAGCUAAUUUCUGUUCUCAUUUCAGUCCUUCUCUGGGAUAGAGCUCUCUGUGAAGAUCUAUUUGGUCUUACAGAGGAAAAACAAAGACUCUUUGGAUCUGUUUCUGACUUUCUUGGCCGAGUUCAAGCAAUUGGAUAAUGGGUUUCACUGUAGUUUAGUUAUUGGCAUGGUUAAAGAAAAGAACGGCACAAUGUCUCUGAAAAGCAGAGGGUUGGAGUCAUCUUCAAAGGGUGUUGUGUCUCGGAAAUUGGUUCUUUUUCUUUGUAUUGGCUGCUUCUGUGCUGGCACGCUCUUCACCGACAGAAUGUGGACAGUGCCAGAAGCAAAAGGCGUUUCGAGGACAGAAGGAGUUGAAGACGAAAGGCUAAAUUUAAUCUCCGAGGGCUGUGGUCCAAAGAUGAAGGAUGUAAAGAGGAAGUCCAAGGACAUUUUAGGAGAAGUGUCAAAGACACACCAUUCUAUACAAACACUGGAUAAAACCAUUUCAAAUCUGGAGAUGGAAUUAGCUGCCGCAAAGUCUGCGCAGGUUUCUAUACUUAGCGAUUCCCCCAUUUCUGGAGAUUUGAGGAGUACACAACUGACCAAGAAAAGAAAAUAUCAAAUGGUUAUAGGCAUUAACACCGCGUUUAACAGUCGAAAGAGAAGAGACUCAGUCCGUUCCACUUGGAUGCCCCAAGGUGAUAAACGAAAAAAGCUUGAGGAAGAAAAGGGCAUCAUAAUUCGAUUUGUAAUAGGUCACAGUUCCGCAUCAGGCGGUAUUCUUGACAGAGCAAUUGAAGCAGAAGAAAAAAAGCAUGGAGACUUCUUAAGGCUGGAACAUGUCGAGGGGUACCUUGAACUGUCAGCCAAGACGAAGAUAUAUUUUACUACUGCCGUUGCUCUGUGGGAAGCUGAUUUCUAUGUCAAAGUCGAUGAUGACGUACAUGUAAAUAUAGCAACUCUAGGAGCAAUUUUAGCCAGGCAUCGGUCAAAACCUCGGGUUUAUAUUGGAUGCAUGAAAUCUGGUCCUGUCCUUGCUCAAAAGGGAGUGAGAUAUCAUGAACCUGAGCAUUGGAAAUUUGGCGGGGAGAGAAACAAGUACUUUCGUCAUGCUACAGGGCAGCUAUAUGCUAUCUCGAAAGAUUUGGCGACUUACAUAUCAAUAAACCAGCAUGUGCUACACAAGUAUGCUAAUGAGGAUGUCUCCUUGGGAUCUUGGUUUAUUGGAUUGGAUGUGGAUCAUAUAGAUGACCGGAGAUUAUGUUGUGGAACCCCUCCUGAUUGCGAGUGGAAAGCUCAAGCUGGAAACAUAUGUGCUGCUUCCUUUGAUUGGACCUGCAGCGGGAUUUGCAAUUCGGCUGAGAGGAUCAAUGAGGUUCAUCGGCGUUGUGGAGAAGGCGAAAAUGCUGUGUGGAGUGGAGGUUUCUGACAAGAAACAUGUUUUCCAACCUCUGGAGAAAGCAAGUAGAUUGCAUGAGUCUGUAUUAUGGAUAUAACUAUAUGGCAGUGUAUAUAGUAUCAAACUGCUUGAUGUGUGUGCGCGCGCAAGAGAGAGAGAGAGAGAGAGAGAGAGAGUAUCUUGACGGGGUUCCACUCCAUUUUAGCUGAAGAGGGAGACCCAUGUCGGAACUAGAUAGAGGAGCAAGACUGUAACUAACCAUUCUUUUGAUGCUUGGAGGACCAUAUUGUUUAGUCUGCUAGGUAGUGACAACCCUCGGGCUAGCAGUUGCAGCCUUAUGCAUCCUAAAUUAGUGGAAUUUUUUCUACCA